AUGUCGGGCUCCUACGAUCAGUAUCCUGCCUAUUCUCAAACCUACGACCACAACAAUCAAUACUACAGCCAGAAUUCCUACCCCGCCGAGGGCUUCUCUGGGUCAUACCAACCCCAAGCAUACCAUAACCCGCAGAGCUACUAUCCCGACACGCGUAGCUCGUCCUAUCCCGACAACGCUUACCAACAAGGCGGCUCCAACACCGCUUACUAUAAUAACAACACCAACACCAACCCGCAAGGCCCCGAGGAAGAUCGUGGACUGCUUGGCGCGGCAGCCGGUGGCGCGGCCGGUGCCUUUGGUGGCCACAAGGUUGGCCACGGUGUCUUGGGUGCUCUAGGCGGAGCCAUUCUUGGCUCGUUGACUGAGGACUACGCAAAGAAGAACAAGAAGCACAGCAACAAACCAGGCAAGCACAACAAGCACAACCACGGAUAUCGCGACGAUGGCAGCUAUGCUAGCAGCAACAAUCAGAACUUUGCCUCCGGAGGUCUUGGGUCUGUGGCAAGCAGCUUCUUCAACAAGAAGUAA